AUGGCCCAGGGGCUGUACCACGAGCAGUUUGCCCUGGCCGGGAAGCAGGCGGGGCUGCAGGUCUGGAGGGUCGAGAAUCUGCAGCUGGUCCCGGUGCCGAAGAGCCUUUACGGCGACUUCUACGUCGGGGAUGCUUACCUGGUGCUGCACACAAUCCAGGCGGGCCGGGGCUUCACCUACCGCCUGCACUUCUGGCUGGGAAAGGAGUGUACACAGGAUGAAAGCACUGCGGCUGCCAUCUUUACUGUUCAGAUGGAUGACUAUUUGGGUGGGAAGCCAGUGCAGAAUAGAGAGCUUCAAGGCAAUGAGUCUACUGAUUUUGUUGGCUAUUUCAAAGGAGGUCUGAAGUACAAGGCUGGAGGUGUAGCAUCAGGAUUCAAUCAUGUUGUCACAAAUGACCUUACUGCCAAGCGGCUGCUGCAUGUGAAGGGGCGGAGAGUGGUCAGGGCCACGGAAGUUCCCCUUACCUGGAACAGUUUCAACAAGGGCGACUGCUUCAUCAUUGACCUUGGCGCUGAAAUUUACCAGUGGUGUGGGGCCUCAUGCAACAAAUAUGAGCGUGUGAAGGCAAACCAGGUUGCUACUGGCAUUCGAGACAAUGAGCGCAAAGGAAGAGCACAACUCAUUGUGGUGGAAGAUGGAAGUGAACCAAGAGAGCUUACAGAGGUUCUAGGAAAUAAGCCAGCACUUCCAGACGGGACUGAUGACGAUGACACAAUUGCAGACAUAACUAACAGGAAGAUGGCCAAGCUUUACAUGGUUUCAGAUGCCAGUGGGUCCAUGAAAGUGAGUGUGGUGGCAGAAGAAAACCCCUUCUCCAUGGCCAUGCUGCUUUCCGAAGAAUGCUUUAUUUUGGACCAUGGUGCUGCAAAACAAAUUUUUGUUUGGAAAGGGAAAGAUGCUAAUCCCCAGGAGAGAAAGGCUGCAAUGAAGACAGCUGAAGAGUUCCUACAGCAAAUGAGUUAUCCCACCAAUACCCAAAUUCAAGUUCUUCCAGAAGGAGGUGAAACACCAGUUUUCAAACAGUUCUUUAAGGACUGGAGAGAUAAGGAUGAGAGUGAUGGCUUUGGCAAAGUGUAUGUCACAGAGAAAGUGGCGCACAUAAAACAAAUUCCGUUCGAUGCCUCAAAAUUACACAGCUCCCCACAGAUGGCAGCCCAGCACAACAUGGUGGACGAUGGUUCUGGCGACGUGAAGAUUUGGCGAGUAGAAAACAAUGGUAGGGUUGAAAUUGACAAAAACUCGUAUGGCGAAUUCUUUGGUGGUGACUGCUACAUUAUUCUCUACUCUUAUUCCAGAGGACAAAUUAUCUACACAUGGCAAGGAGCAAAUGCAACUCGAGAUGAGCUUACCACAUCCGCAUUCCUGACUGUUCAGUUGGAUCGGUCGCUCGGGGGACAGGCCGUGCAGAUCCGUGUGUCCCAAGGCAAAGAACCUGCUCACCUGCUGCGUUUGUUCAAAGACAAACCUCUCAUUAUUUACAAGAACGGGACAUCAAAGAAAGAAGGGCAGGCACCUGCUCCCCCUACACGUCUCUUCCAAGUCCGGAGAAACCUGGCGUCUGUCACCAGAAUUGUGGAGGUAGAUGUUGAUGCAAAUUCAUUGAAUUCCAAUGAUGCCUUUGUCUUGAAACUGCCGAGAAACAAUGGUUACACCUGGGUAGGAAAGGGUGCUAGCCAGGAUGAAGAAAAGGGAGCCGAAUAUCUGGCUAAUGUUCUCAAAUGCAAAACCACAAGGAUUCAGGAAGGCGAGGAACCCGAGGAGUUCUGGAAUUCCCUUGGAGGAAAAAAAAGUUAUCAGACCUCUCCGCUGUUAGAGACCCGGGCAGAGGACCACCCACCUCGGCUUUAUGGCUGCUCCAACAAAACUGGAAGAUUCGUUAUUGAAGAAGUCCCAGGAGAGUUCACCCAAGAUGACUUAGCUGAAGAUGAUGUCAUGUUGCUUGACGCUUGGGAACAGAUUUUUAUUUGGAUUGGCAGAGAUGCCAAUGAAGUCGAGAAAGCAGAGUCACUGAAAUCUGCCAAAAUGUACCUUGAGACAGACCCUUCUGGAAGAGACAAGAGGACACCCAUUGUCAUCAUAAAACAGGGCCAUGAGCCCCCCACAUUCACAGGCUGGUUUCUAGGCUGGGACUACAGCAAGUGGUAA